AUGGAUGAAUCCUCUCGUUCCAGGGUCUUGGACCAAUUAGAUACUAACUCGAUUUCUUUUUUAUCUGCAUCACCGUCUACUACUGGUAGUCAGGUUAAUUUAAAUGAUAGUUUAUUGAAGUUUUCAUGUAUGAAAACCGUAAAUUCACCAAUAUCAAAAAACGAUGAGAAUACUCCUGUUAAAUGGCAAUUUGAACGUAAAGAAUUUCAAUUCCAAAGUAACAGUACUCCUUCGAAAAGAAAAGCUGAAACUGUUCAACAGAAAUUUCCUCAAGGAAGGAAAAGACGUUCAUUAAUCAUGGGCGCCAGGCCAAAAGUUUCAUCUAGACUAAACAACUCAACUUCUAAGCUGGACUUAAUUGAUGAGAGUAAGCUCACUAGUCUACCUAUACCACAUCCUGCGAGUGACAGCAUUUUAUUUGAACUAGGAUCUAUUAGGACAGAAAAUAAGCGUACAAGAGAAACCGAUGAAGAUAAGAUUGAUGGAAACCUAACUAAUGGCAUGAUCCAUGAUAUUAACAUGGAUUUCGAUAAAAGUAUAAUUACGCAUAAUUCUAUGAAGGAACAAAGACAUCCGAUUGUACUUGUUGAAGAUUAUAUUCCUCAAGAUGACAGUGCAAUUUACCAUUCUAAUAAAAGAAAGAUUUCAUUAUCUGAUCUCAAGACCAAGAUUAAUAAAAGGAAUGAUGGUCAUGUUCCUUUAAAAUUACGUAAAUUGAAGAACAGUGGAAUUUCACAUUUAGCAAAACCAAAACUAUCGCUUGCAACCCAUACGAUAGAAACUUCAUUUGAAUAUUCAACAGUUGACUUUGAAGAAGCUGAUAGUAGGUUACAUAUUGGGAAUCAAGCUAAUAAAGAAUCCAAUAGCCCAUAUUUAAACUGCAUUCUAGGCGAUAUUAUUAAACCACAUACCCCAUCUGAUAAAGAUAGAUAUUUAUCUGGAAUAAGUGAAGAAAAUUUAUUGAUAAGAUGUGUCGUUUGUGAAGAACCUUUAUAUGAAAUCAGUUCAUUGUUGCCGGAUAACAACAAGUUCAAAGAAAUCGUAUGUGGAGCUUGUGCUUCCAAAUAUGAAGCUGCAAUCAAAGCAUUUGAAGAAUAUGAAUUUGAGACGUCAUUUGAAAGUUCCAAUUUUAGCAUGGCAAGCGACAUGAAUAGCUUUAUCAGUUAUGAAAAUGAAGGUAGAUUAAUUAACAACAGGAAUAUAAAUUCCACUAGAUUAGAAAUCCUACAUGAUGACAAAUUCUCAGAUGAAUUAAUUAAAAGUCUUCAAGUCAUAUUAGAGACUAGCGAUAAUAAAGUCAUCAGUAAAGAAAAGAAUGUACUAGAUUCAUCAACCAUGAUGUGGUUCAUCGAAGCUAGAAAGAAGAUUAGAUGGAGAUGGAGAGUAAGUGGGCUUCUUCCACAAUUUCUUUCAAAGAACAAUCAAUUACCACCAGAAGAAUAA